AUGCCUAUCAAAAAUCCAACCCAGUCCGACUUCCCCUCUAAUCUCACAAUCACAAUCACACCUCCUCCAAACCCCACCUCCAACCCCUCCCCAAACAUCCUCCUUCUCCUCCAUGGAAUCGGAGACACCGCCACAGGCUUCUCAUCCUUCGGCCGGGCCCUCCACCUCCCCGAAACAACAGUCCUAACCCUCCAAGCACCCCUCCCCCUCCCAUUCGACUUACCAGGUUUCCACUGGGGCGACGACGUCGCCUUCGACUCCUCAACAGGUGGCCUAGACAUGGACGCAGGCUUAACAAGAAGCACAGACACAAUUGUCAAGGAUGUCAUCCGUGGAGUCUUGAUCCAGAAAUGCGGCUACAGGCCUCGUGAGAUCCUAGUCUUUGGCUUCGGACAAGGUGGCAUGGCUGGGUUAAGUGUUGCGAGGGAACUUGGAGUGUCGGGUGAGAAGGAGGGCGUAGAUCGGGAACCGCUGGCUGGUGUUGUUUCUGUGGGUGCGCCGUAUCCGCUUUCUGGGUUGAGGGCUGGGAGUAAGAAUCGGACACCUGUGCUGUUGGUUUCGGGGAGGGAUUCGGUGCCUGUUUCUGGUGCGGCGGUUAAUAGGACGAAGGAGGUUUUUGAGUUUGUGGAGGUUAGUCGGUAUGUUCGGAGGGGGGAUGGGAUGCCAUCUAAUCGGGAUGAGAUGAUGCCUGUUAUGCAGUUCUUUGCGAGGACGUUGAGGAGUAGACAGGGCGUUCCUGAGGGGAGUGUUGAGCUUGGUUGA